GCCGGCGCCGGCAGGUAAUCCCGAGCAGGCUGCGGGACCCAGCCCGAUCCGAGCAUCGAAGCCUCCCGGCAUGUCGCCUCGGCGCCCAGUCCAGCCAGGGCCACUCUCCGCCGGGAGGCGGGACCUGGACGCCGGGUGUCCAUAAGAAUGGAAACAGUGUCUCUUUGCCAGAUUCCUCAUCGCUGUAUCUCAUGAGCCUACCUGAUCUCUAAGGAGCCGUUCUUAAUGAUGACAAGCUAUCACCAGUGUAGCAGCAAGAAGGAAAAGGACCACAAAUAAAGAAGUAUUUAGAUUUCUAUUCCACAAGAAGAUAUCUCCGUGAACAACCCCUGCUGCGUUACCUUUUCCCAAGAUGAACCGAUACACGACUAUGAGGCAGCUGGGGGACGGCACGUACGGGAGUGUGCUCAUGGGCAAGAGCAACGAGUCUGGAGAGCUGGUGGCCAUCAAGAGGAUGAAGAGAAAGUUCUAUUCUUGGGAUGAGUGUAUGAACUUGCGAGAAGUUAAGUCCCUGAAGAAACUCAAUCAUGCCAAUGUGAUUAAACUAAAGGAAGUUAUCAGAGAAAAUGACCACCUUUAUUUUAUAUUUGAAUAUAUGAAAGAAAACCUCUAUCAGCUAAUGAAAGACAGAAACAAACUGUUCCCUGAGUCAGUCAUCAGAAAUAUUAUGUAUCAAAUACUGCAGGGGCUGGCCUUUAUCCAUAAACAUGGCUUUUUUCACAGGGACAUGAAACCUGAAAACUUGCUCUGUAUGGGUCCAGAGCUGGUGAAAAUUGCUGAUUUUGGACUUGCAAGAGAAUUAAGAUCACAGCCACCGUAUACUGACUAUGUGUCAACCAGAUGGUACCGGGCUCCUGAAGUUUUACUAAGAUCUUCAGUGUACAGCUCUCCCAUUGACGUGUGGGCCGUGGGAAGUAUAAUGGCCGAGCUCUAUACAUUUAGACCGCUUUUCCCAGGGACAAGUGAGGUUGAUGAAAUCUUUAAAAUUUGCCAAGUUUUAGGGACUCCUAAGAAAAGUGAUUGGCCAGAAGGGUACCAGCUUGCAUCCUCCAUGAAUUUCCGCUUUCCCCAGUGCAUUCCUAUAAAUCUAAAAACUCUCAUUCCCAAUGCAAGUAGUGAGGCUAUUCAGCUUAUGAUGGAAAUGUUGAGCUGGGAUCCAAAGAAACGACCAACCGCAAGCCAGGCAUUAAAACACCCAUAUUUUCAAGUCGGCCAGGUACUGGGCCCUUCUGCACACCACCAGGAUGCAAAGCAGAAUUUAAACAAGCAGCAGCAGCCACUGGAAACAAAGCCAUGUUUCUCUGAACGGGAUCCUAAGUCUUUGCCAAACAUACUUGAUCAGCCUGCCGGGCAGCCCCAGCCAAAACAGGGCCACCAGCCGCUGCAGACCAUUCAGCCACCACAAAACCCAGAAAUCCAGCCACCUCCAAAGCAGCAGGGCCACCAGAAACUACCACAAACAAUAUUUCCAAGUAUCAUCAAAACCAUGCCAACGAAGCCAGCCUGCACACUGAGUCACAAAGGAGCUCGGAGACGCUGGGGCCAGACGGUCUUCAAGUCUGGAGACAGCUGUGACUUUGAGGACUGUGACUUGGGAGCCUCCCAUUCCAAGAAGCCGAGCAUGGGUGCCUUCAAGGAAAAGAAGAAAGAGUCUUCAUUUCGGUUUCCUGAGUCCGGACCCCCAGGCUCCACCCACUCCAAGGGGGAAAACAGAAGUUUACAUGGGGCUGUUUCCUUAAAGUCUGAUACAAACUUAUCAACUGCUUCAACAGCUAAGCAGUACUAUUUGAAACAAUCAAGAUACCUUCCAGGUGUGAAUCCCAAGAAUGUGUCUUUGGUAGCCAGUGGCAAGGAUAUAAACUCACACCCUUGGAGUAAUCAACUAUUUCCUAAGUCGUUGGGAUCCAUGGGGGCGGAGCUUGCUUUCAAGAGGAAUAAUGCAGAAGAAAGCAUAAUUAAGCCGAUUGAAAAACUGUCAUGCACUGAAAAGUCUGCUGAGAAGCUAGAGGACCCACAAGGAAACCUUGGAAGCUACACCACUCACAACCAGACAGGAUACAUGCAUUCCUUUCUCAAGAAAGAAGUGGGGUCAGCUGGCCAGAGGAUCCACUUGGCACCUCUUGGUGCGACGGCUUCCGAAUAUGCCUGGAACACAAAACCCAGCCGAGGCCAGUUUUCAGGGAGAACUUACAAUCCCACAGCAAAAAAUCUCCACAUUGUGAACCGCACACAGCCGGUACCCUCAGUGCACGGGAGGACGGACUGGGUGGCUAAGUAUGGAGGCCACCGGUAGGAGAGGUGAAAACCCGGAAGCAUCGCUCCACAGAGGACUACCAAGCCCCUAGCCCUGGGAGAUGUCUACAGAGUCUAUUUCCACUGAGUUCCACAAGAAACACGCCGUCAUGGGUACCUCGGAGAGCAGCGGUUGGCUCAGGUUUGCUUCCUUUCCUGGAAAUGCAAUGCGCUGUCUUUACAGUGCCCGAUGCAGCACCUUGCUGAGGUUUUCGAGCGGGACUUUACAGAGUAUUGAAUAAACUAUUUGCCAAAGUACCAAGUAUUUGACCUACAAAUUACUAGAUAAGUGCAUAAGCUUUUAAAGAUACGACUCUGGGCAGCAAGUGCACAGUUUCGCUCUUACUUGCUGUCUAGUUAGCCUAAGCUAUUGUGAUUCUGGUCACUGCAGAGACCAAAUGGUCCAAGCAGUUUGCCUCUGCUCACGUUCCAUAGCGUGAGGCAGGCCCCUGGGCGGGCUUGGCCGAGGCUCUGCUUCCCCACCUUGGCAAUGUCAGAAAGACGGAAGCUAUCUUUUGGCUUCCUACAUUUGGAACUGAGAUGAGCGAUGGGGCACAUGUAAGCAGCAUAUCUUAGCAGGAAAUAAACUUCUCUCCAGCCUCUAGAGAUGAGCAGUCUGAUUCUAGUACUGUUGUUGGACCUUGACCAAACUGAACUCACGGUGACCAUCAGAUUCUGUAGCUGGGUAAGUUCUACAUUAAUCACACCAGGGUUUUUGUCACCUUGUCAGUAAGGAUAUUCUGGAAACCUUUUGAUGCCUGUCCAUUGGACUCUCCAACUCCUGUUUCUGUGUUCCUACCAGACACAAAGGUGAAGUGUGCCAGCUGGUCCCCAGACAAACUUGCUGCUGCAGGACACUAACUAGGUUCUGACCUCACGUUCCAGCCACGGGCAAACAUGCUCAGCUGCCGUGGCAGGGUUUCAUGUAGUUCAUUGUUUUGCUUAGUUUUAUUACGAAGUUUUUUUUUUUUACAGAUAUUUUGAAGUUAGGACUACUUUAAACCUACCAUUUGCUGGGCUGGACAUGAUUAGUACUGUAUAUUCUUUUGAAAGAAUAAUGUUAUUGCCUGUUGAUAUUUUUAUGUAUUUAUGGCUUUGUAAUAGAUGCUGAUAUGACUGACAUCAUUUUGUAGGCGUUGCCCAGAGGCACAUUAUCAAAUCAUAUAUUUUUGUAUAGAAGACAUAGUUGUUCAUAUUUUGCAUGUUUAAAAUGUUAAACUUGAAAUAGUAAUUUAUCCUAGUGCUGAUGGUUACGUGUAUUUGUACAAUUUUAUUGUCUCAAGGCUAAUAAAAAUUCCGUGGUGUUUCUGAGAAACAUGAACUCUGAAUAUAUACAGGAUUAACUAGUGUAUUUUUCUAUUAUUAAACUUUAUAUUCUGUGGUC